GGUUGAUAAAGAGGUUACAAAAAUAUACAGAAUCACUUUGACCGAUGGACCGCGGGUGUAUAAAUUAUGAAGAGAAAAAAAUUAUCAGAGGAGGAUCGAGUGUCGGGCACGACGGACGAGCGGCCGUUUUGGUCUGUCGAGUCAAGAGAAGAAAUUUGGACAUCCAAACAAGGGCUUCUUUUAUAACAGUUUGCGCCGCAAAAUAUUCUGAAAGCGACCUCAUUAUUCCAGCUCCGAAGAGAAUGCAGACUGGAGUGAAGUUACAGCUCGUGCUGCUCUCGAUUUGUCUACAGAUCUUCACGUGUUCCUGCUCCUCCCUCGAGUUUGAACACAAGAAUAUCAACAGCUGGGAACUUCUGAUCGGAGCUAAUGAAAAUGAAUUCCUGUACGACUUCUGCCGGUACGAUGCAUCAGAAAACAUCGAACGGUGCAAGAAUAAGCCAAGAGCGACUGUUGACAUGAAAUCAGCAUGCAAUUGCAGCGUGAAUUACACUGCAAACGCAGAGAAGAGCUUUGCAUACUUCAACGUCAACUGCAACAAUCAAACAGUUGACGGCAUGAUGGGUGGCUGCCCACAAAAACUGACCAUCACUUACGAGCACGGCGACGUGCGUCAUCCAGUUACAAGCGCGGAAACACCCACAGCUGCCAAAACUCAAGAUGAAAGCUGCAGCUCCGUAAUGUGGAUUAUUGUGUUUUUAUCCCUUUCACUCGUGAUCAAUGUGGUCUUGACCGCUGCAUUUUCAUACCUGUGGAUGGAGAAAAGGGAGCAGUUGAACAAGCACAUUCCAUCCAAGCAAAGUAAGGAUGAUGCCAAUACACAAAUUUAAGAAAAAGAAUGAUAUCUUAUUUUAACGUUGGCCUCGUACAAAGAUAAAAAUAUGUUAAAUUAUUACAGGGCUCCUAUUAAGCCUUCAACAGAUUGUAUUUGGCCCUGACCCUCACUGAGGGGCUGUAAUCUAUUUCAAAUGCUAUAAAUUCAGGUCAGUCUAGGGCCGCUGACGUGAUAACAUUUCCUCCGAUCUCAGUUGGCUCAAUUCAAUCUGUACGUGUCUUCGUAUGUUUGAAUAAAAAUAGCUCAUUAUGACA